AUGUAUUUUGUUAUUGAAGAAUGGAAAAAUGUAAUCAUUAAACCGAGCCAGCUAGGCCCUAGAUAUCAACAAUAUAUUGAAGAUAUGUUAAGAAAUAGUGUAGAAGGUCAAUGUAGUGUGAAAUAUGGAUAUGUUAUUUGUGUUAUUAGAAUAAUUCAUAGUGAACCUGGGCGAGUUCAGGAUGGAACUGGUAUGAUUGUAGUUAAGGUUAAAUAUCAAGCCAUUGUUUUUAAGCCCUUCAAAGAUGAGGUUUUGGAUGCCAUUGUAACGGACGUGAACAAGUUAGGUUUUUUUGCUCAGGCAGGUCCAUUAAAAAUAUUUAUAUCAAGAACGGCAAUUCCAAAAUAUUUCGAGUAUUCUGAGGAUUCACAUUACCCAUGUUUUUCAUCAGGGGAUUAUAACAUAAAACCCCAGACAACAGUUCGCAUAAAAUUACAGGGUAUACGAUAUGAUUUAUCAAAUAUGUUUGCCAUAGCAACAAUUAAUAAUGAAUAUCUUGGAUGUAUAGAAUCCAACACUUUGCAAGUCAUGUAA